UCUUCAUCACACACUGUCCCCGCUCCAUCGCACCCGCUCAAUUGCUUACAAACAAACCAUCAUCAUUCAUUUGCUUUCUUCCUUCUUCUUCCGUUUCUUUUGCCUCUUUCUUUUGUCUUCUUCCUUUCGAUUUCUUUAUAAAAAAAAAUUGUUUUAUUUUCUUGUGGCUUUAAUUUAAUAAAGUCUUGUUCUUCUAUAGCCGUUUCAUCCCUCAACCAGAGGCAUCUUCUUUCCUGUCAAGAUCCUGAAUCAUCGGAUCUGAGAGAACUAGGGUUUGUUAAAUCUCAUAGAUUUACCAUAUAUCAAUAAGCUAAAAGCUUCAUUCUUCUUCUGUUAGUACUCUAAUUCAACCGAGAGAGUCCAAUAUUUUACCAUCUGUAUACUUUUAUUGAAGAAGAAGAAGAUGUCAAGGGGAAACAAUGGAUACACUGUACCACCGGUUUUCAUGAAUGAGAACCACUUGCAAUACCAGACAAACACACAAACCAACCAGCUUCACUUCCUCGGAACCAUGGGAGGUGGCUGCACUGUUGAUCCAGUAAACUAUUUUGCUAAUGAUAAUCAUGCGCCAAUGCUUCGGCCUAACAAAAGAGGAAGGGAAGCUGAAAGCAUUAGUCAUAAUAUCCAAAGGCAACACAAGCUUCAGAUGUCUUUAAACUAUAAUCAUAACAAUAUUAGUGUGCAAGAAGAAGCCCCCAAGGAGAAUCUAGUCUCCACUGGUCUUAGACUGUCUUAUGAUGACGAUGAACGCAACUCCUCAGUGACUUCUGCUAGUGGUAGCAUUGUGGCUGCUGCUUCCCCAAUCUUACAGUCACUCGAUGAUACUCUUCGGAUUGAUCUCCAUAGACAGAAAGAUGAACUUGACCAGUUUUUAAAAAUUCAGGCAGCUCAAAUGGCGAAAGAAGUGAGGGAUAUGAAGCAGAGACAGAUUGCGUCUUUUCUCAACACAAUAGAGAAAGGAGUGAGCAAGAAGCUUCAAGAGAAAGACCAAGAGAUCGAUAUCAUGAACAAGAAGAAUAAAGAGCUCGUGGAGAGGAUAAAGCAAGUGGCAACGGAAGCUCAGAAUUGGCAUUAUAGAGCAAAGUAUAAUGAGUCUGUGGUUAAUGCCUUAAAGACAAGUCUACAACAAGCAAUGUCACACAACAACAACAACAACAACAAUGUGGUUGCUGGUGCAGAUCAUUGUAAAGAAGGGUUUGGAGACAGUGAAAUAGAUGAUGCAGCUUCAUCAUACAUUGAUCCAAACAACAGCAACAACAACAUGGGGAGCCAGAGGAUGAGAUGCAAGAUGUGUCAUGGGAAGGAAGUGUCGGUGUUGGUUGUGCCGUGUAGGCACUUGAGUUUGUGUAAAGAAUGUGAUGUGUUCACUGGGUUUUGUCCUGUAUGCAAGUCUUUGAAAACUUCUAGCGUUCAGGUCUUCUUUUCCUGAAACUAAACAAAAAGUAAGUGAGAAUACAUUAUAUAAAUCUUCUCAACUUUUAAAAGCUAUUA